CAUAGCUGAAUACCGAUUGAAAGUGAAAUUCCAACGCCUUGGUGUUCACGAUAACGCGAUUUCAAUCGUUUUCCACUGCCCUUCUUCCCCAUUGCGAUCAAUUUUCUCACCAGCCAAACAUCAACAAUGGCGUCAAUCUACAGUUGCACGGGCUGCGGAUCCAACCUCAACCUUCACACCAUCCACCUCUUCCCUCCAGACUUCUACUUCGAGGCCGGCAACAAAGGCACUCUCUCUUUCUCUCUCAUCGACACCACCAAAUUCACCUUCCUCACAGAGGACAAGCUCAAACCCUUCUUCGAGACCCUCAAUUACUGGGGAAUUCAGCGCAAGAGGACCAAGAUCAACUGCAAUUGCUGUGGCUCUCUCCUCGGUCACGUCUACGAUGAUGGUCCUCCUCUCACCAACAGCUCAGGCCAGUUUCACCUUGGCCCUAGUCAAGCCAUCCCUAGGGCUCCCAGGUAUCGAUUCAAGACUAAAGCUCUUCGGAUUUCUUCUGAGACUUGAUCAAAUUGUAAUGGGUUUUUCGAUUGGGAGGGAAGAGUUAAGAAUAAUCCUAAGCAUCAUGAAAAAAAAAUACCAUGAAAUACUUCAAGAAGAUUUUUUAUCCUUUGAUUAGUGUAUGCGGUGUUUUUCUUGUAUAUAUAAUCUAAUUAUUGAAAAAUCUUUCAUGAAAAUAUCUAGCAUUACUGGGUUUUUGAUUUUGUGGGGUUUCUUUUCAUCUGUUGUGCUUCAUAUGUUGUUGUGAUAGAUACGAAUUUUCGAUGUACUUUUAAAUAAAAUUUAUGUGGUUGAAUUGAAUUCAAUGGUGCUUUUGUUUUGUC